GCUGACAGUUGAACGGGUGCCAAGAAGCAUUUGUUGCUCCCAUUCCAAGGCAUCGUUUGAGGUACUUGCCAAGAAUUAUACCUCAUAAUGACAGCAGUCAACGGGAUGCCUUCGUUGCCAUUCAAUCUCACGGCAGUCGAAUGGAGUCCGCUCUACGGACGCUAUCUGAUUUCCCGCGACGCAGUGCGGCAAGGUGGCCAACUGCUUGUCGAGGAGCUGCCGCUGGCCAUUGGGCCGAAGUGUGGCAACAGUAGCGUCUUGUGCCUUGCCUGCUAUGCACCGCACAACGUGGAACGCUGCUGCCAAUGUGGCUGGCCUUUGUGCCGCGCCUGCAACUCGGAGGAUGUGGCAAACAAUUUGCAUUGGCAGCUGGAAUGUGGCGUGUUCAAGGCGGCCAAGGCGCGUUUCUUUGAACUGCCAACGGGCACCGAGCAAUGCCCUCAACUGGACUGCAUCAUGCCACUGAGAGUGUUGUUGGCCAAGGAGGAGCAGCCAGAACGAUGGCUGGAGGAAGUGGCGCCCAUGGAGCAUCACGAGCAACAAAGACGCGCGAAUGCGGAUUUGUGGCAUGCGGAUCGCGUGAACAUCGCACAAUAUCUUCGAGGUCCUUGUAAGUUGGCCGAGCGUUUCAGUGAAGAGUUGAUUAUGCAGGUGGUGGGCAUACUUGAGGUGAAUGCUUUCGAGGCACGCACCACCCAAGGAUAUCCACUGCGCUGUCUGUAUCCCUACACUGGCAUCCUGGCACACAAUUGUGUGCCCAACACAGCACGCAGCAUUCAUCCCAGCGAUGGUUAUAAAAUCCGCUUAAGAGCCAUGGUGCCGCUGGAGGCGGGGCAGCAGCUGCAGCAUAGCUAUACCUACACUUUGGACGGCACUGUGCAACGACAGUCGCAUCUGCGAGAAGGCAAAUACUUCAACUGCAGCUGCGAUCGCUGCCUCGAUGCCUCCGAGCUGCAAACGCACUUCUCCAGCUUGAAGUGUGGCCAGUGCACUGAGGGUUGGCUACUGCCCAAACAGCCCACAGCCCUGGAUACCAUCUGGAGCUGUCGCGCCUGUGACAACAGCAGCACCAGCGAGGAAGUGCGACAAAUUGUGGAUGCACUGCAGCUGGAGGUGAACGCGGUGCAGUCGCUGGAGAUGGGCGCCAAACGACUGGAGGAAGCAGAGCGUCUGCUCCGCAAGUACAAAUCGCUGUUGCAUCCGUCGCACUACAUUGCCACCGGCCUGAGGCAGCUGCUCAUCGAGAUGUACGGCCGUGUGCAGGGCUACGAGAUGGUGCAGCUAACGGAUCAGCUGCUCGAACGCAAGGCGCAACUAUGCCGCGAAGUGUUGAAGGUGCUGGAUCACUUUGAGCCGGGCCUAAGCCGGGCGAGAGCCAUGAAUCUCUAUGAGUUGCACGUGCCGCUGGUGCUGCUGGCCAAGAAUGGCUUUAUUGCGAGUCGUUUGAGUGGCGCCGACUUGCGUUCGCGUCUUGUAGAAGCCAUCGAUUUGCUGAAGGAAUGUGUGGAAAUAUUGCAGCAUGAGGAUCCAAGUUCCCAGGAGGGAAUCCUUUGUGGCGUGGCGAGGCAGGCGUUGCAACAGCUAACGGCGAGCGUGGAGGGAUUGGGCAAUCAGUUGGAGUAAUGGCAAACACAACUGGCGAUUUUGUACUUAAUUCAAAUAUGUAUAUCGUUAGCUUUAUUGGAGAGCUGAGUUUUCUUUUUGUGUUUUGGAUUGUUGGAGUGACACACA